ACAGUGGAAGGUGGCCCUACCCAUGAUGGGGACGGCACUGGGUGGUCAUUAAAAGUCCCUUCCACCCAGACCAUUCCAUGUCUCUAUGACUGUGCUGCCCCUCCCUGCCAUGCCCAGCACACAGAACCAGCCCCUCUGUGACAGCGGCUCUGGGCCAGGGGCACUGUGAGCACCACAAAGGCUGUGGGUGCUGUGGCGCUGGCUGCACUGGAGGCGACACCUCGGUUCUGGCUGCUGCCACCUGCACUGGCACCAAUGGCUUUUCUGUGGGUUCUCAUCCUGCUGGCCCUGGCCUGGCCCGUGGGAGGCACCUGGGACACCUGCAGAAGGACCUGUGGGCUCCGGCCCAUGGCUUCUGACCACAGCUCUGCAGUUCCCGACUAUGGCUCCGUGGCUUCUGCUGCUGGCACGUCCCAUGUCAUGGGUAGCACCAAUGUCCAGCCAGGGGCCUGGCCUGGCAUUGUCAGCAUCCAGGCCACCUGGGCGAACGGCACGUGGCACAUGUGCACCGGUGUCCUCCUCAGCUCCCAGUGGGUGCUCACGGUCGCACACUGCUUCGCCAGGGGCGGGGACAUCUCCACGUGGGAGGUGGUGUUGGGGGCCAUAGAUCUGACUCAGCUGGGCCCUGAGGCUGAGGUGAGACACAUCCAGAGGCUCCUGGUACACCGGCACUACGUGCCUGCCACGGCGAGGAAUGACAUCGCCCUGCUGGAGCUGGAGCAGCCCGUGGAGUGCAGCGACUACAUCCAGCUGGGCUGCGUGCCCGACGCCUCGCUCAGGGUCUCGGAGCUGAAAUCCUGCUACAUCGCCGGCUGGAACUUUGCCAGAGCUCAGGGAACAGGCAUGGUGCUGCAGGAGUCCAAGGUCCACCUCAUGGACACGGAGCUCUGCAACAGCAGCCGGUGGUAUGCGGGGACCAUCCACCCCCGCAACCUGUGUGCUGGGUACCCGCAGGGCAGCAUCGACACCUGCCAGGGGGACAGUGGGGGUCCCCUCGUCUGCAAGGACAACAGAGCCGACUACUUCUGGCUUGUGGGAAUGAACAGCUGGGGAAAAGGCUGUGACAGAGCCAGGCACCCCGGGGUCUACACCUCCACUCAGCACUUCUACAACUGGAUCCUGCUCCAGACGGGCCUGAGCCCAGCAGAAAGAGCCGGUCCAGCACCGGAGCCAGUUGUCACCUUGGCCCCUGAGCAGAGUCUGGAACCAGAGGAACCAGAAGAACCAGAGGAACCAGAGGAACCAGAGGAACACAUCCGCUUGACCCCCGAGUACAGCCAGCGACCAGUGGUGACAUCCUCGGGCACGUCACUUCCCGUGAUGUUCCCACACCAGAUCCUGGUGCAAUUCUGGAAUCUGCUGCAGGAGUUCCUGCAGUUUCUGAAGGACAAAGAAGCUUGAGCAGCAACAGGAUGAGCAGGACCCAGGGCUACAGUGGACCACAGCAUUUCCUGCCAGGCCAAAGGUAGCCUUGGGCCAGAGGCUUCUCUGUCCUGCCCACGCUGCUGCGCUGCGGCCACACCGAUGCUGACGUGACUGAAGUGUUGAAGUAA